ACCCGCGCAGUCGAGGACGCGUCCCGCUCGCGGAGCCCUCCUCCCGCCCGUCCGCGGGGAAGCCAGAACCUAUGGCGCCCGUGGCAGUCUUUCAGGCAACAUUCCUCUUGGCCUGGCUGCCUCUGAGUACUUACCAGAGCGAAGUCUUGUCGGAACCUUUAUCGCUGAAUGUGUCCAUCAAUUCCACACAGCAGAGUUUGCAGCUACAAUGGAGUGUCCACACCCUGACGCAUCAGGAAUUAAAAAUGGCUUUUCAGAUCGAGAUCAGUAGAAUUAACAAAUCCAAUGUCAUCUGGGUGGAGAACUAUAGCACCACCGUGCAGCAGAACCAGACCCUGGGCUGGACGUGGGAAUCCGAGCUGCCUCUGGAAUGUGCGACGCACUUUGUAAGGAUACGGGGGAAGGAGGAUGAUCCCCGGAUGCCCCAGCGGAGGAGCUGGAGCAGCUGGAGCUCAUGGGUGGAAGCAGAUGCUCAGAGUUUGCUUGGACCAAGCCCGCUGCUUGUUUUCCCUGAAGAGAAGCUGGUGGAGGAGGGCUCCAAUGUCACCCUCUGUUACGUUUCCAGGCACGCCCAGAGUAAGGUGUCCUGUAAGUUGAAUGGCAAGCCGAUCCUCGGAGAGCAGCUGGACGCACACGUGUCUGUGCUCACCUUGACGAACGUCUCCUUCGUUAGUCAGACGGGGUCAAACUUCUUCUGUGAGGAAGACAGGAACGGCACCCAACCGGGCCUCGUUCUCUUUGUCGCCAAAGUGCUUGAGGAGCCCAAGGGCUUUUCCUGUGAGACUCGGGACUUGAAGACUUUGAACUGCACUUGGGAUCCUGGGAGUGACACUGACUUUUGGAAAUACCGCUCCCAACGCUACACUUUAGUUGAAUCAUUUUCCGGGAAAAGGCAAGACUGUGAACACAAAACCUGGUGUGCUUGGCAAGUAGCUCAAGACUCACAAGAAACGUAUAACUUCACACUCCUGGCUGAAAACCUCUUCAGGAAGAGGAGUGUCAAUAUCCUCUUCAACCUGACACACCGAGUUCGCCCAAUGACCCCCUCUAAUGUAUUCCUUAAAAGCGUAAGCGCCACAAAUGCCAGCAUGACCUGGAAGGUACAGCCCCUGGGGAAUCAUUCCACGCUUUUGUGUCAGGUGGAGCUCCAUGGCGAAGGACGAGUGGUACAGCAGCACAAUGCUUCCAUCCGGGUGAACGGUGAGUACUUCUUCAGCGGCCUGGCCCCUGCUACAGAGUAUGCGGCCCGAGUGCGCUGUGCUGCUGCCGAGCACUUCUGGAAAUGGAGUCAGUGGGCUGGCCAGAAGUUCAGCACACUCCAAGCUGCUCCCUCCACGGCUCCUGAUGUCUGGAGAAGCGUGAGAUCAACGCUGGGAGCUUGUAAUGUCACUUUAUUCUGGAAGCCACUGUCCAGAUCGCAGGCCCACGGGAAGAUCCUGUUCUACAAUGUAGCCACAGAAAGCCUGGACAGACCCUCCAGCUCCAUGCUCUUUUCCAUCCCCGCUCCGGCCAACGGCACAGAACUCAGCCUCGACGGGUGCUCGCACCAAAUCCGCCUCACGGCCAGCAACGGUGCGGGCGAGUCUCCUGCGUCUGUGAUCGUCAUCACUGGGGACCCCGGGAACCAAACAGCGGAGGUGAAAGAAGAAAGAGUUCAAGGCACAGGGGACGGAGUCUCUAUGUCCUGGAAACCGCCACCUGGAGAAGUCAUAGGCUACGUGGUGGACUGGUGUGCCGCUCCCCGGGAGUCGCCCUGCGAUCUCCAGUGGGAAAACCUGGGCCCCAAUGCCACCAGCACCGUCAUCAGCUCAGAUGCUUUCAGACCGGGGGUCCGAUACAACUUCAGGAUCUAUGGAAUUUCUCCAGAAAGGAGGGCCUAUUUAUUGGAGAGGAAGACAGGAUACUCGCAGGAACUAGCUCCUGCGGACAACCCUCGCGUGGCCAUAAACAACCUGACAUCCCACUCCUUCACUCUGAGUUGGAAGGAUUACGCCACUGACGCCCAGCCUGGUUUCAUCCGAGGCUACCGCAUCUACCUGCGAUCCCAGGCGGAGCAGUGCCACCCAGGGUUCACAAAGGCAGUCCUCCCAGAUAACACCGUAUGCUGCAAACAUGACAUCGACAACCCAGAGCAAAAGACAUUUGUUGUGAAGAACCUGCAGCCGGAAUCCUUCUACGAGUUCCUGGUCACUCCGCACACGAGGGCCGGCGAGGGCCCGGCCCAGGCCUUCACCAAGGUCACCACCCCUGACCAGCACUCCCAUGUGCUGAUCCGCAUCAUCCUCCCCAUGGUUUUCCUCCUCCUGCUCCUCACGGUCCUGUGCUACGUGAAGAGUCAGUGGGUGAAGGAGACGUGCUAUCCUGACAUCCCGGACCCGUACAAGAGCAGCGUCCUGUCCUUACUAAAACCCAAGGAGAACCCCCACCUGACAAUCCUGAGUGUCCGUGACUGCGUCCCCGACGCGCUGGAGGUCGUGAACAAGGCCGAGGCGGGCAAGGCCCAGGUCCCCGGCGCCAGGAAGUCGCUGGCAGAAGCGGAGCGCCCGCAGCACGACUACAUUUCCCUCCUGCCCACCGGGAGCGCCGCGGGCCCGGGCCCUGGCAUCUGCUUCGAGAACUUGACCUACAACCAGGCAGCCCCUGCCGCUGGGUCCUGUGGCCCCGUCCCAGCACCCCACAUGGCCCCCCCAGGGCUGUGGGGCCUGCUGACCGCACCUGGGAACGUGCUGAGCUCCCUAGAACCGAGCUACAUGAACUCCCCGGGGGAAAGCCCAGCCGGAGAGACCACUCUGAACUACGUGUCCCAGGGGGCUUCACCCACGUCUGGACACAGGCACAGUCCCCCAACACACCCCCUCGAGCUGGCACCCCGCUCCGAGUACAGAAUGCAAAUGGCCGUACCCCCGGGUCUCGCCUCCCCUUCCCCGAAUGAGAACAGCCAUCUCUCCUCGAUGAGCCUUUUGGAUGCAGGCGAACACUGCCGCUAGCCGUCCAUCCCUGUCACCCCUUCAGCUGUUUCAGACACCAGGGAAGCAUGGCCAGCCCACCCCAUUGCCAGGCCCCGGGGGUGGCCCCAGGGAGCUGCCACGGCGGGCAGGCCUGAGUCAGACAAGACCACGGCCAUCGUGCCAGGUUUCAAAGUGCAGAGGCCAUGAGACCUCCCUCCCUCCCUCCCUUCCUGUGGAAACGCCCGCAUCCCGCAUCGUGGGAGCGGGCAGCCGGCUUACCUGGUGGCUGCGUGUCCCCGGCUCGCCUUGUCCCAGCCUCCCUGGCCCCCCUCGCAGGGGCAGACCCCCUCCUUGCAGUCCUGGGCAGGGCGGCUACGGUCCUGGAAUUCAGCCUUUAACGAGAAAGGUUUCCAUCGAGUUCUACCCCCACGUUUCCUCACUUAAGGGUGAAGGAACCAGAUGGAGCCUUUAAUGGAAAAGGCCGCCGAGGUUCCGUUCCUAGAGCCCACGCUGUCAGUGUUUGCUUAUUCCCGGCGCGGCGAAUGAAGACGUCACAGGUGUCUGAGGCCCGCACAGUGUGGCCUUGUCUCGCAGUGACAAGAACUGGCCGUGCGUCGGCACAGUCAGAACUCCCGGGGCACAGGCCUGUCUAACAGGUGAGGCAGUGCGCACAUCGGUAAGGCCCCGCGCCUGUCCUCGCUCGCUCACCACCGUCAGAGGGACUGGCGAGGGACGCCCGGUGUCAGGAUCACAGCACGCCCACUUCGUGGACACCGGUCUGCCACCGGAACUGUUGAUGACUACCUCAGCGAGGGGAAAGCGUAGCACCGAGCGGCUCCGUUUCCUAAUGCCAUGGUUCCUCUUUUCUCUUAAGAACUGCCGGGUGUGUGGCCUGUUCGUUUAGCAUCCUUUGGACUGUCCAGCAGGUGGUCAGGGCCACGCGCCCCCUCCCUCUCAUCUCCGUACACGUCUGCGUUAGUAAGUGGAGCCGCACCGGGGGGCCGUGAGGGCCGAGCUCCUAGAGGCCACCCGCAGGGAACUCGCUUCGGGCGCAGCAGCCUCGUCUCCUGGAACCUGUGAUGCGAAGCAGCGCGGCAGGUGCUCCGUGCCCCGGCUCCUUCUCCGCCUCCUGCCCGU